AGCACAAUUAAUGUAAAUAACAACAAACGGAUACGGAAUGUGUUCAAUAAAUAUUAAUGCUUUUAAUUCGAAAAGUUCCAAGAUCACACUUGUUAUGUUAUUUUUAACAAAAUUUUAAUAUUAAGUGACGCAUUUAACUUGCUAUUUUCUUUCAGUAAUCAAACGUAAAAGUAGAGGAAAAUUAUGGCUGUGGCUUGUCACGUGAAGGCACUGCCAUCCUUUUUGUCUUGUUUCAACAAACACAACUUGGUCCUCAAUUCUGGCCUUAUACAUAAGUGCUCUAGUUUUCAUACCACUGCGUCUGCCUCAAAAGUAGAAAAUUGGACUGCUCAAAAUGAGUGGAUCUAUCCCCCGAUAAAGCCAGGAGAAGAAAGAAGACCAGCGUUUGUGAAUCAUUACAGAACAAAUAUAAAAUAUUCUCCCAAAAAAAUGUGGUAUGUUGCUUGCUUGGUGAGGGGGCUAACUGUUGAUGAAGCCAUUAAGCAACUCUCUUUUGUGCCCAAAAAAGGUGCAGUUAUCGCCAAAGAGGUUAUUGAGGAGGCACAAGAAUUGGCAGUUAAAGAGCAUAAUGUUGAGUUCAAAAGUAAUCUUUGGGUUGCACAAUCAUUUGUAGGGAAAGGACUAGUUGUGAAAGGCUUGCGGAGGCAUGCUAAAAUGAAGAUUGGCGUUAUUCAUUAUCGCUACUGUCACUAUUUUGUCCGUUUGGUUGAAGGCUCUCCGCCCGAGCAUUACUAUGAACACCGGCGGGAACUCACUGGUGAUGAGAAAUUAGAAGAAUACUUUAACGAGCUUCGAGCCAGAAGAAUUCACAGAACAUUGUAAUUUCUGCAUAUGCUUACUCUAGUGAUAUUAUUUAAUAAAAGUACUUUAUAUCAUUUUUGUGAAUUGUGUUAAUUCCAUAGCAGCCAUGUUUUCCUUGUGAUGCUUCGUUCGAUUCGAUUCCGAGUCACAACAACUGUA